AUGUCGGGGAAAAUGACAUUGUAUAAAUUGGUGGUACUGGGCGAUGGAGGUGUGGGAAAAACUGCCUUGACCAUUCAGCUAUGUCUGAACCACUUUGUCGAAACCUACGAUCCCACUAUCGAAGAUUCUUAUCGCAAACAGGUCGUCAUUGACCAACAGUCGUGUAUGCUGGAGGUGCUGGACACGGCGGGCCAGGAGGAGUACACCGCGCUACGGGAUCAGUGGAUUCGAGAUGGAGAGGGCUUCGUACUGGUCUACAGCAUCACAUCGCGCGCCUCAUUUUCGCGCAUCACCAAGUUUUACAACCAGAUCAAGAUGGUCAAGGAGUCAUCGAGCUCCGGCUCGCCUUCCGGUCCCAGCUACUUGGGCUCCUCCAUGCAAGCGUCCGGGGGUCCGUCGCGGCCCGUGCCCGUCAUGUUAGUCGGCAAUAAGAGCGAUAAGGCCGUCGAACGUGCCGUUUCCGCCCAAGAAGGACAAGCACUCGCGAAAGAGUUGGGUUGUGAAUUUGUCGAGGCUUCCGCGAAGAAUUGCAUCAACGUCGAGAAGGCUUUCUACGAUGUCGUUCGCAUGCUGCGCCAACAGCGACUACAGCAGCCGGGUCGGAGUCAGGACCGUCGCCAGCCUGGAGGUCGCGACCGUGAUGCUGGCCCUGAAUACCCCCAAGUCCUUCCGUCCGGAUCGAUCUAG